GGACCGGGACCGCCACCACCGCGGCCAGCAUGAGUGAUCAACAGCUGGACUUUGCCUUGGACCUAAUGAGGCGCCUGCCUCCACAGCAAAUCGAGAAAAACCUCAGCGACUUGAUUGACCUGGUCCCCAGUCUAUGUGAGGAUCUCCUGUCUUCUGUUGACCAGCCACUGAAAAUUGCCAGAGACAAGGUGGUGGGAAAGGAUUACCUUUUGUGUGACUACAACAGAGAUGGGGACUCCUAUAGGUCACCAUGGAGUAACAAGUACGACCCUCCCUUGGAGGAUGGGUCCAUGCCGUCAGCUUGGCUUCGAAACCUUGAGGUGGAAGCCAACAAUGCCUUUGACCAGUACCGAGACCUGUAUUUUGAAGGUGGUGUCUCAUCUGUCUACCUCUGGGAUCUGGAUCAUGGCUUUGCUGGAGUGAUCCUCAUAAAGAAGGCUGGAGAUGGAUCAAAGAAGAUCAAAGGCUGCUGAGAUUCCAUCCACGUGGUGGAAGUGCAGGAGAAAUCCAGUGGCUGCACCGCCCAUUACACGUUGACCUCCACGGUGAUGCUGUGGCUGCAGACCAACAAAUCCGGCUCUGGCACCAUGAACCUCGGAGGCAGCCUCACCAGACAGAUGGAGAAAGAUAAAACUGUGAGCAACUGCUCCCCACACAUAGCCAACAUCGGGCGCCUGGUAGAGGACAUGGAAAAUAAAAUCAGAAGUACACUGAACGAGAUCUACUUUGGAAAAACAAAGGAUAUUGUCAACGGGCUGAGGUCUGUGCAGACUUUUGCAGACAAAUCAAAACAAGAAGCUCUGAAGAAUGACCUGGUGGAGGCUUUGAAGAGAAAGCAGCAAUGCUAAACCUCUGCUUCAAGCUAACCAGACGCCGUGCACUCGUUAGAGUCCUUUCUUAGAAAACCUGUUUUCUGCUCCCUCCCCUGGUCCCUU